GACACACCUACAACGUUUUCGAGUCGCCGUCUUGCAGCGGUACUGAGAGGGUGUGGACGACGGGGUGACAAAGAAGACAGUGUGGUGUAGAAAUAACAGGUGGUGUUGUGAGAGCUAGUACCCCCUGCCAGUGUUGUACAAGCUACACCCCCUGCCAGUGUUGUACAAGCUACACCCCCCUGCUAGUGUUGUAUUAGCUAGCUACACUUCCUACCAGUGCUGUGCUUGUUGUCUCCAGUCGUCGAGAGAAAGAUAGUGAUGAUGGUGACCGUGGGCAUGUCUUCGUUGAUAGUUGUAAUACUCUUGCUGGGGAGGUCUUACGCUGGUGUCAUACCUGUAGGAGAUAUUCGCGAACAAGACCUCCCAAGACUCUCCACCUACGAGGGCUAUCACCACCAAUAUCUCCAUGGUUCUGAUGGCACCUACGACUUCUCCUUCUCCCUCCCUCAGCAGUCCAGGUGGGAGCACAGAGACGGGCAUGGUCAGAUCACGGGGUCAUUUGCCUACGUGGACAAGAUUGGUCACCAGGUGUUGGUACGGUACACGGCAGGUAAAGACGGAUACCAUCCCCAAGUGGUCUAUCUCCCCGUGGGGUCCGACGCCAUAGAGAGGGCGAGGAGGAGCUGAAUCACUAUGAACAGAGGGUCAACUUACUGCAAGGCCUUGAUGAUGGUGGAGACAGCUCGUCCUCCUCGGAAGAAUCUGACGAGGAUGAUGAUAGUGACGAGGAUGAUGAUAGUGACGAGGAUGAUGAUAGUGACGAGGAUGAUGAUGAU